CGCCUUUUACGACGCGCGGCUGACUGGGCGCGCUUGGCGGCCGGAGCGGAGCCGAGGGCUAGCGGCCGGCGCCUGGCCUGGGGAAGGAGACGCGUGAGCGGCGGCGGCGCCAUGUCUCACGGCCACAGUCACGGCGGAGGCGGUUGCCGCUGCGCCGCCGAGCGAGAGGAGCCGCCCGAGCAGCGCGGCCUGGCCUACGGGCUGUACCUGCGCAUCGACCUGGAGCGACUGCAGUGUCUCAACGAGAGCCGCGAGGGCAGCGGCCGCGGCGUCUUCAAGCCGUGGGAGGAGCGGAGCGACCGCUCCAAGUUUGUUGAGAGUGAUGCCGACGAAGAGCUUCUGUUUAAUAUCCCAUUUACCGGGAAUGUCAAGCUCAAAGGCAUCAUUAUAAUGGGAGAGGACGACGACUCACACCCCUCUGAGAUGAGAUUGUACAAGAACAUUCCUCAGAUGUCAUUUGAUGACACAGAAAGGGAGCCAGACCAGACCUUUAGUCUGAACCGGGAUGUUACAGGAGAAUUGGAGUAUGCCACGAAAAUUUCUCGUUUUUCAAAUGUCUGUCACCUAUCAAUUCAUAUUUCAAAAAACUUUGGAGCGGAUACAACAAAAGUUUUUUAUAUUGGUCUGAGAGGAGAAUGGACUGAGCUUCGCCGACAUGAGGUGACUAUCUGCAAUUACGAAGCCUCGGCCAACCCCGCCGAUCACAGGGUGCAUCAGGUUACCCCGCAGACACACUUCAUUUCCUAAGGGCUGUGCACGGCUCCCACAGAUGUGCUGUGUCGGUGAAGAGGAGAGACUGCCUGCUGGGAAGGACAGAGAAGCUCUGAGAGAGUUGGCUGCCACAGGCUCUGCCAGGCUUUGUCUUGGGGGCUUGCUGCCGAGGCCUGGCCGGGGGACACCCACCGCCAGGAGAGUUGUGUGGGUGCUGAGGGACCACCGAGGUUCUCCAGAGCCCUGCAGAAAUUGGGUCUCAGGCUGGGUGGCAUCUGGCCGUCGUGGAUAAUGCUUGUUUUGCCAGUCACUGUGGCCAUGGGAUCCCAAGUGUCUUGUUUUGUGGCAGAAUUUUUUGUUUGUUUUUUCUUUUCUUUUU